UAUAUAAUCAAAUAUCCUAAUAAUAAUUUUAUGUACGAGAUAUAGGUCACCGGUAAGGAAUGCAGCGACUUUCCAUAUACGGACGGACGGAUGAUGCACUGUGACUGAACUUUGGACUUGAUAGUGUUAAUUGUAAUCGCGAUUAUAUUUUAAAGUCUAUUUUUAUUUAUUUUUUAAUGUGUUAUGUUCUUUAUGUGCACAGGUACAAGAAUAUUUUACUCUACGUUAUGGUGGUAAGUGACUAAUGGAAACUAUUAUAUCAUUGUAUGAGGAAUUAAAGAAAAUUAGAGUAUAUUUAAUUAAAUUAGGAGCCAGUCGAAGAACGGAAAAAGUGUUAGUAAACAAAUUAAAUGAGAUUAAUGCAAUCUAUGAGAAAUAUGAGACGUGGCUGAUAGGUUUUGAAGAAAAACUUAAGAGAAAAUAUUAUAGUUCGGAUGAUAUUAUAUUAAUCAAAAAUUAUUGUAGUCGAUUUUUAGAGUUACAUGAAAAUAUUUUAGUGUUGUGUAAUAGUGAUAAGCCGAAGUCAUCGUUCAACAUGAAUUCUUUUGAUUUAAAAACGGCGUUAAAUCUUUUACCUAUUAUGACAAAUGAGGAGUCGAAUACAAAACAGUUGAUUGAUAACAUUGAAUAUUAUAAUACUUUAUUGAAAGAAGAUACAUGUAAACAAAAUUUAAUUAAUUUCGUAUUAAAAAGUAGGCUUUCUCCUGAAGCUAAGUUAAAAUUAAAAUCAAAAUAUGAAUCAGUUAAUGAGUUAAUUAUUGAUAUGAGAAAUGUAUUAUUGUGUAAGAAAGCUGCAACGGCAAUACAAAAUAAAUUACAAAAAAUUAGACAAAAUGACUUGUCAAUUGCUGACUAUGGUAAAGAAAUAACGGAACUAUUUGUUGAUUUAACGAUAACGCAAGCUGACGGGAAUGAUCAAUGCUAUAAAAUAUUAAAACCUAUUAAUGAAAAAAUGGCUGUUAAGCAAUUUGCUGACGGCUUGCGUAAUCGUCGACUUAGUACGAUUAUUUCUGCCAGGAAUUAUAGUUCACUUAAAGAUGCUGUACAGGCAGCCCAAGAUGAAGAAGUAUCAAUUCCUUCAACAUCUGGAGAAAUCAUGGGUAUGUACAAGAAACCAUACCAUAAUAAAUAUUUCAACAAUGGUUCAAAUUAUUAUAGAAGCUGGCGUGGAGGACGUUGCCGCUAUCCUGUACAUAGAGGAAGAGCUCGAGGACAGCAAGCAGCUCAUCUAGCUUCUCGAGGACAAGGGUCACGAGGUCAGUACACGCGAGGAAGUAGCGGAGGUCCACAGCAGAGAGGUAAAUUUUUUAAUUCAACUAGAGGAAAUCAAGGGAUGCGUAAUAAUCGUAAUAUUCAUUUAAUGCAUGAUAAUGAUAAUAAUAAUUUCGAAAAAUUUGAAGAGUCAGAACUUUCUUUGAAUCAGUUUUUUCGUGAGGAAUAGUGAAAAAUUUAUUUUAGCCAGUGAUAGUAAUUGUUAUAUUUCUUUACUUUCAUCAUCAUGUAAUAAUUAUAACAAAAAAUAUUUUUUAGUAGAUUCUGGAGCAUCAAUAUCGGCAUGUACGUAUAAACAUGCUAUAGAAUGUAACAUUCCAAUCCAUAAGGAGAAUGUAACAAUCAACGGUUUAGGUGGAAGUGUACAAGCAAUAGGAUACUUAUUUUUACCAUUAACUUUUAAUAAUGAAACAUUCAAUCAUAAGUUUUUUGUUUUUCAAAAUUUACCAAUUAAAGGAAGUGGAAUUUUAGGCCGUGAUUUUUUAAAUAGAUGCAAAGCUCAAUUAGACUUCAGUAAAAAUACUUUGACAUUAUUUAUUAAUUCGAAAAUUACUUUACCUUUAAUAAAUACAUGUAAUGUUAUUUUUGAGAUCCCAGCUAGAAGCGAGUCAAUACAUUUUAUACAUACGGACAUUAAUGAAGAUUGUGUCAUAUUAUCUCAAGAAAUAAAACAUGGUAUAUUUUUAGCAAGUUCCAUAUGUUCACCAAAAGAUGGAUUGAUUCCUGUUAGAAUACUUAAUGUUACUGAAAAUGAUGUUCAACUCACAGAAAUAAAUCCAAAAAUUGAUAAAGUUAGUAACUAUAAUAUUUGUGAAUUUGAAAAGUCAACGACCGAUUCAAAUAGAGUGAAAAAACUUUUCUCAUUAAUGAAAUUGCAACAUUUAAAUAUUGAGGAACAAAAAACUAUUGAGAACAUUUGCGCUAAAUAUUCAGAUAUAUUUUACCUCCCUGGUGAUAAAUUAAGUACUACUGAUGUAUACACACAUACUAUUUCUGUCAAACCUAAUACAAAUCCAAUCUUUUCAAAACAAUAUCGUUUGCCAUACUCUCAAAAGGACGAAAUUAAACGCCAAAUUGAUAAAAUGUUAGAGGAAGGGAUAAUUGAACCUAGCAAGAGCGAUUGGUCUAGUCCAAUACUGUUAGUACCUAAAAAAUCAGAUUCAACAGGAGACAAAAAAUGGAGGCUUGUCGUAGAUUAUAGGAAAUUGAAUAAUCAGAUUGAAGACGAUAAAUUCCCACUACCAGAUAUUACUGAAAUUCUGGACUCGUUGUCAGGUAGCAUUUAUUUCACACAUUUAGACUUGCAUCAAGGAUACUAUAAUGUUAAUUUAGAUGAAAACAGUAGAAAAUUUACAGCUUUCCAUUCAGGACAGUAUCAGAUGACACGUAUGCCAAUGGGACUUAAAACUAGCCCAAGUUCAUUUUCCAGAAUGAUUACAUUGGCAAUGGCUGGUCUAAAUUAUGAAAAAUGUCUAAUUUAUUUAGAUGACUUAAUUGUUUUUGGCCGUAAUUUAACAAUUCAUAAUAAAAAUUUACAAGAUGUUUUUGAAAGAUUACGUCAGGUCAAUUUAAAAUUGAACCCAGUAAAAUGCGAUUUUCUUAAAAAAGAAAUUUUGUAUUUAGGUCAUGUGAUUUCUAAUGAAGGUAUAAUGCCGGAUCCUGCAAAAAUAUCUGCAGUACAAAAUUAUCCAGUUCCUACAAAUUCAGACGAAGUAAAAAGAUUUGUAGCUUUCACGAAUUACUAUAGAAAAUUCAUACCAAAAUUUGCAGAAAUCGCAUAUCCUUUAAAUAAAUUAACUAGAAAAGGCGUACCAUUUGAAUGGAAUACCGAAAGUCAAAACUCUUUUGAAAAACUAAAAGAACUACUAAUAAGCCCACCUGUGUUACAGUAUCCCGAUUUUUCGGAACAAAAUAAAUUUAUAGUACAAACUGAUGCUUCAAAUAAUGCUAUAGGAGCAAUUUUAUCAAACAAAAAUGGACGACCAAUAGCUUAUGCUAGUAGGAGCUUAAAUAAAGGUGAAAAGAAUUAUCCAGUGAUAGAAAAAGAAUUGCUAGCAAUAGUAUGGGCUGUGAAGUAUUUUCGUCCAUAUUUAUAUGGACGCCCAUUUAAAAUACUGACAGACCAUAAACCACUAGUAUACUUGUUCAAUAUGAGAGAUCCUUCGAGUAGGCUCAUGAAAUUUAGAAUCAUAUUAGAGGAAUAUAAUUUUGAAGUAGAAUAUGUUAAAGGUUCUGAAAAUGCAGCUGCAGAUGCAUUGUCUAGAAUCACAUUAAAUGAUUUAAAAGAAAUGCACGAAAGUGUUAUUAAUGU